AUGCCGGGACCCGGAAGUGAGAGUGGACUCUCGCUGCCCAGUGUCGCCAGUGUGGCCGUGACAAGUGUUUCGAUUCAGAGCCCCCAUUGGGGGACGAACAGCUUCAAGGGGUGUCGCUUCUGUCGUCGUGACAGAACCUGUGCGAACCCUAUCGUGGUGGCAAGGGCCACGAAACCCUUCCUACAGUUUAAGAGCGAGCGUCACUUUGAUUGCUUGCUCUGCCUCGGAAAGAUCAGGCGGAGCAACGGCAGUGUUGUGACGAGUGAACAGCACAAAGGCUUUGCCAACAAGCUCGCCACGGACGAGGACGCCUACAAUACGCACAUGACCGAGCUCGCUGAAUACGAGGCCAGUUUGCAGGACAAGGACAAGAGCCGCAAGCGAAAACGAGUGGUGGAAGAGGACCCAGGCUCUCAAUUCCUUUUGGUUGAAACCUCAAGCUCAAGUCACAGUCAGAUGCUAGAGCUGCUAGUGCUCAUGUCGCAAGAGAGUGGUGUCGAAGCCAGGCAACUUCUUGGAAUCCUUUGGCCGAGCGCUAUCUACAAGCAGCACACCGGCGAGGAUCCCAAGCCCGAGUGGCUGACCAAGAUGCAGAUUGGUGGCUCAACGGUGGUUGGUGUUCUUCGGGACCCUGCCUUGGGCACCUACGAAAUGACCGAUUUCAAGCGUGCCUUCGGUGCCAACGUGCUGACUGCAGCUGACUCAGAGGAUGCGAUCGGCAACGAGAUGGAUGAGACCUGGAAGCGCGUCCAGGCGCUCAACGCUGUGGGCACCACCCAGGCCGAGAAGGAUGGGCAAACCUACAUGCUCUUGGAUGCUGUUUCCUCGGGCAAACGAAAAGAUGACAGCUUCGAUGAUCUUCUUGACUUCGCAGCGGUGGAGGAGAGCCAAAGGGAAGACGAGGCAAAGGUGCUGCGAAAGGAAGAAACUCGGGAGGUGGCCGCGCCGUCGCAGAACAAGAGCCCAGCCGCUACGAAGCAGACGAAAGAAAUCCAAGCUAGCGAGCGUUUGCUGCUCGAGGCAGACCAGAUGUUGGAGAAUCUGGCGAAUGAAGAUGCGAUCAUGACUGUCAAACCCAAGGCAUUGGGUACCGUGUGCGAUCGCCUUCAGAACAGGCUCACCCCGGCACUCUGUGCCAUCUACUGCCAGGGCUACGAUGCUUCCGAUCCUUCUGCCGCUGCGACGCCCGGAAUGACGUGCUUGGAGAAGCUCAGGCAAAAGCAGCGUGUGCUGGGUAGCGUGAAGGACCACUUGGACUUGGUCGCUGGCCUUCACGAGACCAAGACGACGGGGCAGAAUUUGUACAAGGCUGCGGUCGCUGCCAAGAGCGACGACUUCAAGCCCGUCCUCAAGUGCUAUGAGAUCGCGCUCCAGCGUGCCGUCGACUCGGCGGCGACUGAGAAGGACUACCCGACCAUGAUGACCCUACUGAAGGAGGAUCGGACUUCCUUCAACCUCUCGAUCCUUGAGGAUGCGGACAGGCAGGCAAGAUUCCAGGAGCGUGAGGUUACGCGGCUGUGUGUGUCCUUGCUUGCCGAAGACAACCGCGUGAACGAGGUGGCCUCACUGGUGAAUGUUGUGUUGGGCCCGACAUCUUGCCUGCCAGGGUCGAGCUCCGUCCGUAAGGAGUUCGAGAUGCUUUCGCUGAUCUUGUUUCCAAUGCAGCCGGAGCUUGAUGUUGCGAAGCUGGAGGCGACUGCGGGCCAGUUUCGCGAAGAUAAGAACUUGACUCUCCACAAGGUCAUGACCAAUUUCCCCACCGGCCUUCUCAUCUUGGAUGGUGUGGCACAGGCUGUGGUCGCUCGACGUGAGGACGAGCGCCAGGUGCUGAAGCUGAAGGAAAUGCUCGACAGCGUGGCCAAGGUUUCCGCACUUCCCGAUGGUCUUACCAAUGUAGACGAGAUGAAGAAAUUGGUCAAGCCCAUGGAGACCAUUGCCGAGACAUAUGCGGAGGCCGGCACGUAA